CGGCCCGGCUGCAGGAUGUUCAGCUGGAUGGGGCGGCAGGCGGGCGGGCGCGAGCGCGCGGGCGGCGCGGACGCGGUGCAGACGGUGACCGGCGGCCUGCGCUCGCUCUACCUGCGCAAGGUGCUGCCGCUGGAGGAGGCGUACCGCUUCCACGAGUUCCACUCGCCGGCGCUGGAGGACGCCGACUUCGAGAACAAGCCCAUGAUCCUGCUGGUGGGCCAGUACAGCACGGGCAAGACCACCUUCAUCAGAUACUUACUGGAGCAAGAUUUCCCAGGCAUGAGGAUUGGUCCAGAGCCCACCACGGAUUCCUUCAUCGCUGUGAUGUAUGGAGAGACUGAGGGUAGCACCCCAGGGAAUGCAUUAGUUGUGGAUCCUAAAAAGCCAUUUCGAAAGCUUAGUCGCUUUGGAAAUGCUUUUCUGAAUCGAUUCAUGUGCUCCCAGCUGCCCAAUCAGGUCUUGAAGAGCAUCAGCAUCAUCGACAGCCCUGGAAUCCUGUCUGGGGAGAAGCAGCGCAUCAGCCGAGGCUACGACUUCUGCCAGGUGCUGCAGUGGUUCGCGGAGCGCGUCGACAGGAUCAUCCUGCUCUUCGAUGCUCACAAACUGGACAUCUCAGAUGAGUUCUCGGAGGCCAUCAAGGCCUUCCGGGGCCAGGAUGACAAGAUCCGUGUGGUGCUGAACAAGGCCGACCAAGUGGACACACAACAGCUGAUGCGCGUCUACGGGGCCCUCAUGUGGUCCCUAGGCAAAGUCAUCAACACACCUGAGGUGCUUCGCGUCUACAUCGGCUCUUUUUGGGCACAGCCCCUACAGAACACUGACAACCGCCGCCUCUUCGAGGCAGAAGCCCAGGACCUCUUCAGAGACAUCCAGAGCCUUCCCCAGAAAGCGGCUGUGCGCAAACUCAACGACCUCAUCAAGCGAGCGAGGCUGGCCAAGGUCCAUGCCUACAUUAUCAGCUACCUGAAGAAGGAGAUGCCGAGUGUAUUCGGAAAGGAAAACAAGAAGAGAGAGCUUAUCAGCAGAUUGCCAGAAAUCUACCUUCAGCUGCAGCGAGAAUACCAGAUUUCUGCUGGGGACUUCCCAGAAGUCAAGGCAAUGCAGGAACAGCUGGAGAACUAUGACUUCACCAAAUUCCACUCGCUGAAGCCCAAGCUGAUCGAGGCGGUAGACAACAUGCUGAGCAGUAAGAUCUCAUCCCUGAUGAACCUCAUCAGCCAGGAGGAGAUGAGCACGCCGACGCAGCUCGUGCAGGGUGGCGCCUUCGACGGCACCACCGAGGGCCCCUUCAACCAGGGCUACGGGGAGGGCGCCAAGGAGGGUGCCGACGAGGAGGAGUGGGUCGUGGCCAAAGACAAGCCCGUCUACGAUGAGCUCUUCUACACCCUGUCGCCCGUCAAUGGCAAGAUAUCAGGUGUCAAUGCCAAGAAGGAGAUGGUGACAUCCAAGCUGCCCAACAGCGUCCUGGGUAAGAUCUGGAAGCUGGCCGACUGUGACUGUGACGGCAUGCUGGACGAGGAGGAGUUCGCGCUGGCCAAGCACCUCAUCAAGAUCAAGCUUGAUGGCUACGAGCUGCCCAACAGCCUGCCCCCACACCUCGUGCCCCCGUCCCACAGGAAGUCCUUCCCGAAGGCCGACUGAAGGGUGGGCUACUCUUGGGGCAGGCAGUGGGCAGUAGGGAUCGGGGGCCCUGGGCCUGAGGCCCGUGCUGCCGCUGACUCACUGACCCUGGCCAUGGCCUCAGUUUCCCCACCUGUGGAAUGAGGAGGGCAGACACUGGACACUAGCUGAGGUUCCUUCACCUCCAAAAUUCCCUGAGUUUCUAUUAAUAUUGGGAGGAAGGGGUGGAUAAGGAGAUUAAAGGGUUGAGAAAAAAGAGGAAUUGACCAAAGAGUACUUGGAAGCCUGGUAGACGGAGGCGGGCUGCGUAGAAUCCCACAACCAGAGGGGGUAAGCUGGGGGCUCUUCCGGAGCAGGCGAGCCUGUGCUGCACUGGACCACACAUCAUCACGCACCUGCCUUGGCUCCUGUCUGUCCCUUAGAGGGUACGAGGAGGGAGCAAAGUUAAUCUUAUUUAUUUUGUUUCCUGCUGUAAUGAGAGUGGAAAACAAUAGAGCACAGAAGGUUUCUGAUCUCUCCAGACCGUCUACCAAAGAGAAGACUGCUUCCCCUAGGUUUGAAAGGAGGGCUCACUGUGCCUUUGUAUGCACCCAUCCCUCCUGCAAGCUCAAACAGAACAGACAGCCAGGCCAGCAGAGAGCAUCUGUGACACCCAGCAGCCCCCUGACUAACCCACCCAGAGCUCCCCCCACCCUGACCCCUCCCAGCAAAGUGGUAUUUGGUUAGGAAUUUGGAAGUCAGAAUCUUUAUUGGCCCCUGGCAAAAUUUCUAGUAUUCAAGUCAUGCUGAAGUCUUGAAGGUCAGCUUUUCUCACUGGCCUACCCAAUAAUGUGUAGUAAAGUCUAUUUAUCAUAUUCAACCUACAGUAAAGGAGAGAGGUGGUUCUCCACAGUCGUCAGUGUGGUGACAUGUCCCCAAGGCUUCUUGGUCAAUGGCAGGAUUUAAAUUCAGCAAAGCCAUCCCUUGGUAGCUGCAGUGUGCUGUGCCUAGGGACACGAGAAGGAGAGGCAAGCCCACCCCAAGCUGUCAGGGAGAAAAGGUCACUUUCUAGCUUUAGACACUAUUUUUAUUUUUUAAAAAAAGGCAUUUUUAUUAUGUCCAGCUUUUCUUUCUUAUAGGAAAAGCCUUUAUACAGAAACAGGAUGGACUCUUUCAUAUGAAACCUUUUCUUCACAAGGCAGGAUUUAGUGCAGGACAGAGAUGCUUGAAUAAAAGUCACUGAUGAAAAAAUAAAAAGAACAUGGCAGGAUUUUGGUAGAUACCUGCCCAUUGAUUCCUGAGUGUUCUCUUUCUGAGUCUUGGUAUAAACCUCUCCAGUUCACUGGCUCAAAUGCCCGUCAAGUGGAGUUGGUUAAUACUCAUUGUCACUGCCCCUCCUCUGUGCGCUGCAGCUUAGGGAUUCAUUUCAUUAUUAUUUAUGCAAUACAAAAGAGAAGCACAACAUGACAAUGGCCACAUGGCACCAAAGUGAAUCAAAUCAGAACAGUGCACCCUGAGCCUUCCAAAAACCACUUUUUUUUCCUCUGAUAUCACCUGUGAGUGACAUCCGAGUCAGAAAUGCAGACUUGAGAAAAUUUAUAUUUGGGAGGAAGCUUUUGUCCAGAUGCCAGCCCUCACACUCCCUGGUUUACUUCCUAAAUAAUGUCAUUUUAAGAGAAGUAAAUUUGUAAUACAGUUUUUAAUCUUAAUGAGCACUUUUAAAUUAAAUUAAUUUUAAAUUAGUUACAAACACAACAAAGAAAGGUUUAUGUCAGUGCUGUCAUAUAAACAGAUGGUUUGGUGAAUGCCUGAGGACUGCCCAAGUGUGUACCCACCAGGGGGUCCACUAAAGGGCAAAACAGAAGAAAAGAGAAUUCAUUGCUCCAAAGGUUUAGAGAUCCCAGGGUAAGCUGAUUUUCCAUUCAGAAUUAUCCUGCUCCUUUAAUUCUUCUCAAUCAUCAUAUAUAAAGAUAUACACACACACACACACACACACACACACACCACAUGAGUAUGUAUUCUUGACACUUGUCAAUGUGUAAAUAUGCAGAUAUGGCCAAGCUUUGUCUAUGCAGAGAUCUACAGGAAAACUUUUAUUAGAGGGCCAGCAGACUGAGGUUUCUGCCUUCCACAUGGAAGGAAGCUUCUCAUGGCAUUGUGAUCACUACCCCCAUGCCGUCAGGUAGGAGAACAUCUGGCAGCUGCUAAGAAAGAAAAAAAAAAAGAGAAAUCACAUGCCCAUUUUUCUUAACGUCUUUUCUUACAACAUGAAGUCCUUCAUUUUGAAAAGUGGAUUGGAAAGAAAAGCACUAGAAAAGAUUAGGGACCGCUGCCAAGGAUGAGGACCCAUAUCUUCCCAGGAUCCACACAAAGCUCCUUGAGUCUGUGUCCACAACACUCAUUAUCCCACCUCCCUGUGCCACGGGGCUGGGGGACAGCAGAGCCCUUUAGAAUUCUGUUCAUAUUGCCCGACCACAUGGUCCUCCCACGCUGCCCCAACUUUCAAAGCACCCCAUCCCGCGCGUGUUUACAGGUGGGCAGGAGGGUGGAGGUAGGUCAGCUCUAGGACUGUGAAACUAACUCUCCAUGCUCUCCACAAUUCCACAAAAGAAAAUCUAAAAAUCCUGAAUCUAUUUUCCAUCCAGCAUGUGAUACAUGUAACAAACCUCCGCAGCCUUGAGUUUAGGGGGAAAAACAAUUUUGGCCUCUUCCCAAAGUCAGUUCCAAGCCGUAAGCCUGCUCAUGAGGCCCUGCUGACCCUACCUGGCAAGAAGUGUUGCUGCAAGCCCUAUGGAAGCCAUCCAGCUCCCUGGCGACAUGCAGGCAUCCAGCCCUCACUGCACCCACGAAUGGCCUGGGGGUCACCCUGCAAUGGGGAGGGCCGUUCAUUUAGCCCACUUUCGCCUGUCCAGGGCUGGACUGGGUUCUCCUCGAGAUGUUUGUCCUGCAGCUAGAGCAUCUUUAGAUCUGGAGCCGUGCUUCCUCCCUCAGGAUGGUGGGCCUUUGAGGAGUUGAAUUCCGUAUCACGGGACUGGGUGUCCAGGUGGGUCGGAGAGCACGUGCGGAGACGCCAAUGCCUCCUGCCCUCCCCUCGACCCCUACCCUGAUGACCAGCCCAAGGGAAGCCUCCGAAGAGCCCUGGCCCCACUGCCCCCGACCACAGCCCUUCCCCGUUUUCUGCUGGUCUCCCCAGUCGCCGCCUGCCCACCACACCACACCGCGUCCCCCGCCCGGCAUGGGGUUCACCGCCCCGGCGCCUCUCCACUCUGCACCAUCGCACUUCUUCGUUAUGCCCAGACCGAUGCCCUGGGGAAAUUGCCCUGAAGAUAAGGAAAGCGAUUUAUUUCCUCUGUGGAAUGUAGCAGAGGAUUAACAUUCUUAGGACAGGUAACCACUGAGUUUAUUCAGGUAAACAUGGGCCUAAUUUAAGAGUGUAUCAAGUUACAUGUCAAUUCGCCAAUGCAGUUAAUACACAAUGCUUCUAUUUUUUUGUAAUCUUGUUUAGAAGUGUCAAAAAAAGACACAAUCUAUUGAUCAAUAAACUUCUGAAAAUAUUCACUA